ACUGACAUACUCACAACACUUUGAUUAUAACUGUCAGUCGGUACCGUUUGAAAUCACUGAAUGCGUGCCUAAAAAAUGUCGAAGGGGACUGAUAAAAAGAAGUCGCGACAUGGCGACGCCGACAUAGAUUAUUCUCCUGCUGACACAAAAAAUGGAAAAACGAUUGACGCCCAAGACAAAGCCAAGAAGAAAGACAGAAAGUCGAAAAAAGCGGCUGAAUUGAUGGCCUUAAAGACUGAAGCGGAAUCUUGCUCUGCUACAAAACACUAUCCACCCGAGAAGGUAAAGCAAGCAAAAGCUGACAAAUCGGCAAGUAAAAAAAGUCAAAAUGGUACUGAAAAUGAUUCCGAUGACAAGGACAAGUUAGACGGAAAGUCUCUAAAAAAAGAAAGCGAAGUAGAAAGUCUAGCGAGGAGUGCGAACGCGGAAAAAAAUAGACCCCCUAAUAAAUCAAUUGAAGAGGAAUUAGAAAAUUUCGAGAUAAAUGGCGACGAAAAUGAACCUGGAGAACUAGCUGAGGGCGAUGAUGUUUUUGACGAUAAAGAAGAACUAGAAUCGAUGGGGGAUGACCCAGCUUUAGCCAAAAUGUCAAGAAAGGAACGCAAAGCGUGGAAGAAACAGCAAGACUAUCAAAAAACUCUUGAUGCCAUGGCGGCGCCUAAGGGUGUUACUGAUACAACCCAGUUCACCGUGUCUCAGGUCGAUAAAAGUGCUGUACAGCAGGCUCAGUUGAAGCAUGCCGUGGAUAUUAAGGUGGAAAACUUCAGCAUAUCCGCCAGAGGCAAGGACUUAUUUGUCAAUGCGUCUCUGUUGAUAGCUAAAGGAAGGCGUUAUGGCCUUGUUGGACCAAAUGGACAUGGUAAAACGACACUUUUGAAGCAUAUCGCCAAUCGAUCCUUGAAUAUUCCGUCGAGUAUUGAUGUGCUCCUCUGUGAACAGGAAGUAAUUGCUGAUGACACGCCUGCCGUAGAAGCGGUUAUCAAGGCUGAUACGAAAAGACUUCGCUUGCUAGAAGAGCAAAUGAAACUGGAGAAAUCUGUUGCUUCUGGCAACGUAAAGGACCAAGAACGUUUGAAUGAAGUUUACGAAGAUCUGCAGGCGAUUGGCGCAGAUUCAGCUGAACCUCGGGCUCGUCGUAUUUUAGCCGGUCUGGGUUUCGAUAAAGAGAUGCAAAAUCGUCCUACAAAACAAUUUUCUGGAGGUUGGCGUAUGAGAGUAUCCCUGGCUCGAGCUCUCUUUAUGGAACCAACGCUGCUUAUGUUAGAUGAACCCACGAACCACCUGGAUUUAAAUGCUGUCAUCUGGCUUGAUAAUUACCUACAGGGCUGGAAGAAAACACUUCUAAUCGUAUCCCAUGAUCAGAGUUUCCUGGACAACGUAUGCACGGAUAUCAUUCACCUGGAUACUCAAAAGCUUUUCUAUUAUCGAGGAAACUACACGCAAUUUAAAAAGAUGCAUGAGCAAAAGAAAAAAGAGUUGCUGAAGGAAUAUGAAAAGCAAGAAAAGAAACUGAAGGCUCUUAAGCAAAGCGGACAGAGCAGCAAACAAGCAACAAAGAAAACGGUGGAAGCGUUAACGAGAAAACAACAAAAAGGUCGCAGCAGUACAAGUGCAGCGAAAGCUGCGGAAGAGGAAGCCAUCCCGGCAACAUUGAUAGCAAAGCCUCGCGAUUAUAUUGUUAAAUUUCGCUUCCCCAAUCCACCGCCACUACAGCCUCCUGUACUCGGACUCUACAAUGUCAACUUUGGAUAUCCUGGACAACCCCCUCUAUUCAAGAAUAUCGAUUUUGGUAUCGACAUGUCUUCAAGAGUGGCUAUUGUUGGACCCAAUGGUGUUGGUAAAUCGACUUUCCUCAAGUUACUCGUCGGUGAACUUUCGCCGAACACGGGUGAAGUCCGCAAAAACCACCGACUACGUAUCGGCAAAUUCGAUCAACAUUCUGGAGAACACUUGAACCCAAUUGAGAGUCCGGUUGAAUACUUGCAAAGACUGUUCAAUUUGAACUACCAGGACGCUCGCAAGCAGCUAGGCACAUUUGGUCUUGUUUCUCACGCACACACAAUCAAAAACAGCGACCUCUCAGGGGGUCAAAAAGCCCGUGUUGCCUUGGCAGAGUUGUGUCUAAAGGCUCCUGAUGUCCUCAUUCUUGAUGAGCCAACUAACAAUUUAGAUAUUGAAAGUAUCGAUGCUUUGGCAGAAGCGAUUUCUGAAUAUGAAGGCGGUGUAAUAAUUGUAUCCCAUGACGAACGGUUGAUUCGUGAGACGGACUGUCAACUGUGGGUCAUCGAGCAUAAAACAAUCGAGGAGAUUGAUGGUGACUUCGACGACUACCGAAAAGAUAUACUGGAACAGCUCGGAGAACAGAUCAACAAUCCAUCGAUUGUUGCCAAACAGGCCCUUGAGUAGGCUCUUUAUUCUAUAUAUAUAUAUAUAUAUAUAUAUAUAUAUAUAUAUAAAAGAAUACAUAAAGGUAGCUAGGAACAUUUAACCUUUAACAAUGAUUGGCAAACCGGAACCGAUUAAUUCAGAUUUUUGAGAUUACGAUACAUUAGUACAGAAGCAUUUUACUGGCAAAAACGAUACUAAUGAAGUUAGACUGAAUAUAGAGUUUGGUAUAAAAAACAUUCGUCAAUAGCAAUAAUUCGUAGCAGCGUAAGCGUCGGUGAUUACCCCACGGUGUAGUGGGGUUAGGUUACAACUAUUAGGGAAUAUGAUUGAAAGGCUGCGACACCACUUGCUCGGUACGAUAGCGGAACGUAUUAUGUUCGAGUCCAUUUGUUAACCCACAGAUUAACAAUGUACUUUAGGUACGGUUAGAUUAAAAACCGCCAACGGACAAAGAAACAUAAUAUAAAGUGUGUUGGUCGAGUGGUUAGCUCUAAGUGGUGAAGGCGAUAGCCGAACGAUAUUAUGUGAAAUGUUGGACGGAUCCGGGCGUUGUAAUAAAAAAAAAA